AUGACGCGCUUCCGGCCGUGCAUCGACCUGCACGCUGGGCGGGUCAAGCAGAUUGUGGGCGGCACCCUCGAUAGCCAGACGGCACAACUGCAGACAAACUAUGUGUCACCCAAUCCGGCAUCCUACUAUGCCGCCCUCUACCGCGAUAGUGCCCUCGAGGGCGCUCACGUCAUCAUGCUCGGCCCGGGCAACAACGAUGCCGCGGUCGAGGCACUUGCGACAUGGCCAGGACAUCUCCAGGUCGGCGGCGGAAUCACAUCCGACAAUGCCGCCCUCUGGAUCAGUCGUGGCGCAUCAAAAGUCAUCAUAACUUCGUUCCUCUUUCCAAACGGCACAUUCAGCCAGGAGCGUCUCGACAGUGUCGUUGAUGCUCUCGGUGGCGACACCACCAAGCUCGUCAUCGACCUCAGCUGCCGCCGUAAAGGCGACGACUGCUGGUUCGUCGCUAUGAACAAGUGGCAGACCAUAACCGACAUGGAGGUCAAUCAAGAGUCAAUCAAAUUGCUCGAACCUUACUGCUCAGAAUUCCUCAUUCAUGCAGCGGACAACGAAGGGCUGCAGCGCGGCAUCGACGAGUCACUCGUCCAGAGGUUGGCCGAGUGGUGUUCUAUACCUGUGACGUACGCUGGAGGUGGCCGCAACCUGGACGACCUUGAGCUUGUUAAGAAAAUCAGUGCUGGCAAGGUCGAUCUAACUAUCGGGAGUGCUCUGGACUGCUUUGGCGGCAAUGGCGUCAAAUACGAAGACUGUGUACGGUGGAACCGUGAACAGGAGCAAGGAGCAGACAUUUUGAAAUCGCAUACCGAGAGAUAG